AUGGCAACUAAUUUUAUUGAUGUGUUGAGGGAAACUCCAGUGGAUGCCAUUGGGGAAGAUGCUUCCCAACCUCUGAUAUUAACAAAGACAUAUUUGGACUCAUUGAUCGCUGGUUAUAAAGAGAAUUCUGGGAAUAGUAAUAUUGCAAUCGAUGAAUUGACAGUAGAAGGAUUAGAUGCCAACCAAGUUUGGUUCCAGACUAAGAUGGUUAUUGACAAUGUUGAAGGUGAUCUAAUGGAAAGGAUUCAAGCCCUUAGAGAUGCAAUGGAUGCACAUGAUGAGGAAGAGUCAGUGGAUGAAGAACAAAAUGAAGAUGAAGAAAUUGCAAAUGAAGAUAAUGAAAUAGCAGAUGAGUCUGUACGUUCUUUGGAUGGACAAGAACAAGAACAAGAACAAGAAGAGAAAGAAGAUGACGAUGACGAUGAUGAUGAUGAUGAUGAAAUUAUUGAAGGCAAGGAUGAUUAUGUGGAUUCAGGUCUGGAAGAUAACGUUGUUAAAGGGCAAGAAUCACCGGAAGAGGAAGAGGAUGAACCACAACAACGUUACGAGACAGACGCUGAUGGUCUAAAUGAUCAAUUUUUCAAUAUUGAAGACUUCAACCGUCAAACUCUAGCACAAGAGAAUAAUCUGGAUGACGAUGAAGAUCAGAAUAAUGAUGAUGGUGAAGAAGUAGAUUAUUUUGCUGAUUUACCAUCUGAUGAAGAUGAAGAAGCUGAUUAUUAUGAAGAUUUCUUCGAUAAACCAAAAACAAAUAAAUCCGCAACAGUGUCUCAAACUGAUGGUAUGGAAAGAAGUGAAUCCAAUAGGAAUGAUGGCAGUGAGGACAACGGCAUAUCAGCAAUGAACUCCAUGAAACUUGAUUUAUUCGAGGACGCUGAUGAUGCAGAAGAAGAAGAAGAAGAUUCUGAUAAUGGCACUGAAACAAAAAUAGAGAAACUAUCUACAUAUCAAAAACAACAAUUAGAAAUUCAAAAACAGAUUGCCCAAUUGGAAGCUGAAGCUGUUGCUGAAAAGAAAUGGGCUCUUAAGGGUGAAGUUAGAGCAAAGCAAAGACCAGCUGAUGCUCUAUUAACAGAAGAUCUGGAAUUUGAGAGAACUGCCAAACCUGUACCUGUUAUCACUACAGAGGUUACAGAAUCAUUAGAAGAUAUGAUCAGAAAAAGGAUUAAAGAAUUUAAUUUUGAUGACUUACAAAGAAAGACAAUAAAUGAUUUUGCACAAAGAGGGCAAAGGCAAAAAGUUGAGAUUAGUGAUGUGAAAUCAUCUAAAUCUUUAGCUGAGAUAUAUGCAGAUGAUGCUCAAGGUGUAUCGGAAGAGAAUGAUAUAAGUGAACAAUUACAAAAGAGUCAUGAUGAAAUAACAGAAUUAUUCAAUAAUAUAACGUAUAAACUGGAUGCACUAUCGUCUGCUCACUUCAUCCCAAGACCUGCAAAGAAAUCAUUAGAGGUAAGAGUGGAGUCUGCUGCAAUAACUAUGGAGGAUGCUCAACCAUUAUCUAUGUCAUCUGCAUCUACUUUAGCUCCACAAGAAGUGUACAAAUCUGGUAAGGCUGAUAAUGACAACGAAAUUAGAUUGAAGAACGGUACAGUGAUGUCUAGAGAAGAGUUAACAAGAGAGGAUAAGAACAGAUUACGUAGAUCAGUUAAGAGAAAGAGAGCUAAGAAUAUGGCUAAUCAUCCAUCGAAGAAGAAGAGUAAGAAGGACGAUGUCAUCGAGACAUUAUCGCGUGCUAAGAAUAUUACAGUUAUCAAUAAGGCUGGUGAGAAGAGGGAUAUUAAGGGUAAGGCUGCAUCAAGUGGCAACAGUAACAAUGUUACGAACUUUAGAUUAUAA